GAGCGUCGCGUGCGCGUCAUGGCGGGCCGAGCGGCGGCCUUUGGCGGGAAACGCGGUGUUUACGUCCCGCGGCGGCCGAGUGGAGAUGGUGUCUGCCACGCAAAUCGUUGAGGACUUCGACACUUUUGGUGUCACUUUGCAAGAUGCCAAGCUUAUUGAAAAAUGCUUGGACUUAUGCAGGGCUUAUGGAGUAGAUGGAGAAGGCAUUGCAGCCUGUUGGAUAUCAUUUGCAAGCAACAAUGGAUAUGAUUCUUUGACACCUGAAGGACUCGACCAUUUUGAGCGUGAAGAACUUACAAAAAAUAAGAAAACGAGCAUUAAAAAGACGGAGAAUUUCCAGAUAUAUGAUGCAUCAACCAUUGAUGAAAUAGCUGGCGAGGAUGAUAAUGAUUUGAUUGUAGCUUAUGGAGGAACUCCAACGCCAAAGCAAAGGAGCAAGCGGCAGUUAACUCCUGACAAUAACAUUGUGAAACGACAUGUUGGACCAUCUAGAUCUAUUUCAGCACAGUUCUCACCAGCUUCCAUGUCCCCAAGUGUUGUUACUACUCCAUCACAAAAGUAUUCAUCACGUAAUAAUGCUGGUAACACGGUUUCCUCUUUUGGAGAAAUGAAGAAAGAAAAUUCAAAAGCAGAUAUGAGGAAUAAUCUAGAGAUGCGCGUGAUACCAAUGGGUGGAGAUGAAAUUUUAAGUCAGGUUUAUAAAUACAUGUUUGAGAAGGUUCGUGAUGCCGCUGAUGUGCUUGAUGAUAUAAUCACUUCGCUUGCAGACCAAAUGAUUACCGAUCUUAAUACUGAAGAGUACUCCCAGCUCACAUCACCUAGCAAUGAAGCUGUGUGCACUGUUGGCCGGAUAUGUUGUGAUAGUGUUGGCCGAUUAAAUUUUGCAUCAGUAUUGUUGGAGGGGUCUCGUGAAAUAAGUGGUGGCAGUGCAGUUCCUCUGGACCUCUCACAUUUGUCUGAAUUUUCUCUCUUUCCUGGACAAAUAGUUGCUGUACGUGGUGUAAAUACUACAGGAAAUAAACUGGUAGUACAAGAACUUUUGCCAGGAAAAGUACUUCCACUUCCUGAUUCGCCAGAUAUCAUCAAGAAUGCUACAGAUGCAGUACAAGUAGUAGUUGCCAGUGGCCCUUUCACAACCACUGAUAACUUGCUCUAUGAGCCUCUGACAGACCUCUUGUCAGUCUUGAAAGAAAAUCCUCCACACAUGCUUAUUCUUCUUGGACCUCUGUUGGAUGCUGCUCACCCACUGGUAGUUGAAAAUCAGUUAGCAGAAACUCAUGAGGCUGUGGUGUCACGCUGUCUUCGAAUUAUUACUUCAACCUUUGAAAACUCAGGUACUGAAGUUGUUUUAGUACCCUCUUCUAGAGAUGUGUGUUGUCCUACAGUAUAUCCAACACCACCUUAUGAUGUUGGGAAUAGCCUAACCUCUGUAAGCGACCCAGUCCUCUUAGACAUCAAUGGCACAGUUGUUGCGCUGACGGCCACAGAUAUUCUGUUUCAUCUUGGGAAGGAAGAGAUAUCCUUCCCGCCACAAGGAUCUGACCGUCUUGGGCGACUGGCAAGACACAUUUUAAGACAGCAGAGUAUGUACCCUUUAUACCCUCCUCCUGAAGGGAUUUCUGUUGAUCAAGAGCAAGCUGACACAAAUGCAAGAUUACCCUGUACUCCACACCUGCUUAUUCUUCCUUCAGAUCUCCGAUAUUUUGUUAGAGAGAUAGAAGGCUGUGUAGUGAUAAAUCCUGAAAGACUGGCGAAAGGAGUUGUUGGUGGCACUUACGCACGAUUAGAAAUCCGUCCAGCAACGCAGGAAAAAUGUAAUGUUGCUGAACGGGUCGGUGUACAUAUUAUUAAAGUUUAGGAUGAAGAAUUUAUCUGCCAUGAAAUUUAAUUGCCCAUUGUUGUCUUUAGUUUGAAAUAAUUGUAUUGUCUCCUUUUUUUUUUUUUUAUAGAAAGAAAAACAAAAUAAUGAUACAAGGUAAAUUAGAUAUUUAAAGCAACUUAUUAAUUUUUCUAAUGUUCAUAGUUAAAUGCUUCAUAAAUGAAGUAUUAUAUGUACUAUACAGUAGUCAGCCGAUGCUUAUGUUGCUUAUUGCACACUUUUCAGGAAAUCAUACUUCUCAGUUCUUUCCUUUUCUUUUCUUUCUUUUCUUCUUCUUCUUUUUGUCCUUUUUUUUCUCUCUUUUUUUCCCCCUUUUCCCCCCAAUAUUAAACCUGUAACACCCUUUCUCGCGAAAUAAAAAGUAAUUUAGCUAUUUUAGUAUUUAAAGAUGAAUUUUAAUGCUGUCAAGAUAAGUUAGCAACCCCUGAUCUGUUUUGCCAGUGAUAAUGUGUUUGGUGUCAUUGAUAAAAGAAAUAAAGAUUUAUAAAUA